UCCAACACAACACAAGCUAAGCUGCCUCUCAUCACCUUCUCCUUGGGUUAGAUUGAUAGCUAGACUAGACACACGCUAGAUUGACUGGACUGAUAGACAGACAGAUAGAUAGACAGAUACAAGGAUCCAUUUUAAUUUCUGAUUGAUAUAUAUAGCGAUGGAGAAGGUGAUGAUGAGCAGGAAGCCGGGUGACUGGAGUUGCAGGUCAUGCCAGUACCUCAACUUCUGCAAACGGGACGCUUGCCAGCGGUGCGGCGAGGCUAAGCUGGGCGCCGAGCGGGCAGACUACGCGGCCAUGGGCGGCAGCUGGGAAAUCAAGCCCGGCGAUUGGUACUGCGGCUGCUGCGGCGUCAACAACUACGCCAAUCGCGCCAGCUGCUUCAAGUGCAGCGCCGCAAAGACAGACUCCGCCACCGUCGCGCAGAACUGGGGGUUCAACGCCGCCGCCCAGGCCGGCUGGAAGGCCGGCGACUGGAUCUGCCCCAGACUGGAUUGUAACGUGCAAAAUUACGCCAACAGAACCGAGUGCUUCCGCUGCAAUGCGCCCAAAUCAUACUAUGGUUAAAAAGGCGGGCCUGAAAAGAAA